AUGGCUCCCGAUGAAUCAUCCCACCGUGCCGAGCAGGCCAAGGCGAUCAUCCAGACCGAGCUGGAGGGCAACGACCGCAUGGAUCAGGAGCGACGCUCGAUUCUGCAAUCCGCCCUGGAUCUGGUCGGCACUUUGCCUCCUGGGCGGACCUCCAGCCCUCAUACGGGUUUGUCGUCGGAGCUGCCGCCGGAGGACUGUCGAGAUAUGCCUGAGUCUAUCACGCCGCCCCCUGAGCUCCUCUACAUGCUUUUACAAGAUCCGACUACAGGCUCCAGUCUGCGAUGGCCAGAUCAUCUGUCGCAGGAAGCCCUGGUGACGAUGAUCUCGGCACUCCUCGGAGGAAAGGCCACCGGCCAGCGAUUCUAUCAAUACUGUGUCUGUGUCUAUGUCAAAGCCCUCUUUUAUAUCUAUCAGUUGCCCCGAUAUCAUACCGACUCGGUCCUGAACGAGCAGUCCCUGCACUCCAAGCGAAAGUAUGAGGCGUGCGCCAUCCGCGCCCUGAAAAGCCUCAGUCUGCUUGAAAAACCGAGCCUGCCCUUUGUCCAGGCCUUGAUCUCCUCGGCCCUUUUGAUGCAGUAUCUAGGCUACAUGAACCAAAGCUGGAUGAUCAACUCCUUCGCGACGCGGCUGAUUGUGGCCCUCCAAUAUCAUCAAGUCUCUGAGCUGACCCCGGCAACCAAGUUCGACAAGCAAGUGCGCAGCUGUCUUUACUGGUGUUACUAUCUAGAUCGUACGCUCAGCGCGCUGCUGCUGCGCCCGCUCUCCCUCCCCGAACUCCGUGUUGCGCCCACGGAUCUGAUCGGCGAGGAGACCUCGCUUGCCCACCUGCCUCUGAUCAGCAUCCUGCUCGAGCUGGCCCAGGUUCAGGGCGAGCUUCUGCAGAUCCAGUCAGAAAGCAAGAGCCAUCAUCAGAUCCUAGCUAGCCAGCAUGAUAAACUUCAAGAGCAGCUGGGACGCAUCCAUGUCCGACUAGAGGCUAACCGCGCAUCCGCCUCCGGGUUACUUUGUACCGACUGGAUUGCGCUGGAAUUUAUCCACUAUUCGAUCAUGGUCGACACGCUUCGUUCGCGACUCAAGUACGCCUUCUCGCCGCUGGUCCAUCGCGAAUGUGUCUCGUACGCCCGCAAAUCGUUGACCGCGUUGCAAUUCCUCCUCAAAAACAUCCGCACAAUGCCGGGCUUUGUCGAUCCGUAUCCGUCAUUUCUAUCCUGGACCGUCCUCCUCUACCCGCUCAGCCCGUUCUUCGUCCUCUUCUGCAACAUCAUCGGCGAAGUCGACCUUGAGGAUUACAAGCUGGUGCAGGACAUCAACCGCAGCCUGUCGCAGUUCGCCAGCAGCCCCUCCAUCGCCAAGCUGCUCACGCUUCUCGACCCGCUGCACAACCUGUGUACGCCGCUCAUCCAGGUCCGCACCCGCCUGAGCCCACGCGCCCGCGUUGUGAAUUGGUAUCCCGCUGCAGCUGAGCCGCAGGCUCCGCCUCUGCCUCCGGACGACCAUCCUGUCCAUGGUGGCGAAGCGUCCUGGCUGCAGGAUACGCCCUUUGACUCUGACGCGCCCACGUCCCUUCCGGUUGCUGCUGCUGCUACUGUGGAUGAGAUGCCGAUGACACCUGAUGGAUUGAUGUGGCGACUAUUCAAUACUCAGGUCUCAAUGGAGUGGUUGGAUCCCUCGCUGUCAUUUUAA